AUGUCCCAAAAGAAAACCCCUGUGAACUUCACUACAAGCGAGGCGUGUUGCAUCCUGCUGCGCAACUGUGGCAACUACAUGCAGGAACGGAAAAUGAAGAAUUCUCAGAACUUGUAUCCCUUACCGGCUUGGUCUCCGUGGCGCUGCUCACGGUCGUGCGGUGAACCGCUGCUCGCAUGUAGCGCUCUGGGCGUAAAACUGAGCACAGGUGAUGCUGGAGUCUUGCGCGUCUACCUGAGGGAGAAGAAAGGAUUUUGUUUAGAAACUAAAAAAGUAAAGACUGAAGAAGAUGAAUCUGCAGAGGUGGAAGAUGAAGAUGGGCAGGAUUCUGGAGAAAAAGAAGUGGAAGAGGAGGAGGAUGAAGUGCCCAGUUUACCAUUAGGUGUAACAGGUGCUUUUGAAGACACUUCAUUUGCUUCCCUUGCUGGUCUUGUCAGUGAGAACACCCUGAAAGGCAUAAAUGACAUGGGCUUCACACAUAUGACAGAAAUUCAACAUAAAAGUAUUAAGCCUCUUCUAGAAGGCAGGGAUAUUCUAGCAGCUGCAAAAACAGGCAGUGGCAAAACACUUGCAUUUCUCAUUCCUGCAGUAGAACUCAUCUACAAGUUAAAAUUCAUGCCUAGAAAUGGAACGGGUGUUAUUAUUCUUUCACCUACUCGAGAGCUUGCUAUGCAAACAUACGGAGUUCUUAAAGAACUUAUGAAUCAUCAUGUUCACACCUAUGGUCUGAUAAUGGGGGGCAGUAACAGGUCAGCAGAAGCACAGAAACUUGGAAAUGGGAUCAACAUCAUUGUGGCAACACCAGGAAGACUUCUGGAUCAUAUGCAGAACACUCCAGGUUUCAUGUACAAGAACUUGCAGUGUUUGGUAAUUGAUGAAGCAGAUCGUAUCUUAGAGGUUGGGUUUGAAGAAGAAAUGAAACAGAUCAUAAAACUUCUACCAAAGCGCAGACAGACGAUGCUUUUUUCUGCUACACAAACCAGAAAGGUUGAAGAUUUGGCUAAGAUCUCUCUGAAGAAAGAGCCCCUAUACGUUGGGGUUGAUGAUAACAAGGAGACAGCAACAGUAGAUGGUCUCGAACAGGGCUAUGUAGUAUGUCCAUCUGAGAAAAGAUUCCUUUUGCUCUUCACCUUCCUCAAGAAGAACCGGAAGAAGAAACUGAUGGUAUUUUUUUCUUCGUGUAUGUCGGUGAAAUACCAUUAUGAAUUACUCAACUAUAUUGAUUUGCCCGUUAUGGCCAUUCAUGGCAAGCAGAAACAAACGAAACGUACUACUACAUUUUUCCAGUUCUGCAAUGCGGAAUCUGGAAUACUGUUGUGCACUGAUGUAGCUGCUAGAGGACUGGAUAUUCCUGAAGUGGACUGGAUUGUCCAGUAUGACCCUCCAGAUGAUCCAAAAGAAUACAUUCAUCGAGUUGGUAGAACUGCCAGAGGUAUAAAUGGUAGAGGACAUGCUUUGCUCAUUUUACGACCAGAAGAACUGGGAUUUCUUCGUUAUCUAAAGCAAGCCAGGGUACCAUUAAGUGAAUUUGAGUUUUCCUGGUCAAAAAUUUCAGACAUCCAGUCUCAGCUGGAGAAACUGAUUGAGAAGAACUACUUCCUUCACAAGUCAGCCCAGGAAGCAUACAAAGCUUACAUUAGAGCUUAUGACUCCCACUCUCUGAAACAGAUCUACAACGUCAAUAGCUUGGAUCUGCCCAAAGUCAGCCUUUCAUUCGGUUUUAAAGUCCCUCCGUUUGUUGACCUCAAUGUGAACAGCAACCAAGGCAGAAGACUACAGAAAAGAGGUGGAGGUGGAGGAUUUGGUUACCAGAAAUCAAAGAACGUCCACAAAGCUAAAAUCUUCAAACACAUUAACAAGAAGUCGGACAAUCGACAAUUUUCUCGUUAACCAUACCUUCAUUUAAAUGGCUUCUGUCACUAGAACAGAGUACCUUGAUGAAAAUUAGCUGGCAGUUAACUUCCAGUUUAAAUGGCUCUGUUUGUUUCUUAGGGUUUUUUGGUUUUGUUUUUGGUAACAUCUUUAUCUUUCAUUUCAGGAAGACUUUUGGGGAGGGAGAAUGAGAAGUAGUCUGCUAAUUUUGCCAUGUUCAUUGUAAGGAAGAAGAUAGCUGAAUAUAAUUAUUUUAAGUCAGUACUGUAGAUUUUUUUUAAGAGAAACAUUUUUCAGCUUUUUAUAAGAGAAUUUGCUUUCCCUUUACCCUUUUUCCUAUGCAUGUGCAUGCCUCUAAAAAGGCUUGGAGUAGAACCAGAAUGGUCAGAAAUGCAGAAGAGCUGUAGGUCUCUGAAAAUAUUUUUACAGUGUAAAAGGAAUUUUUUUUCACAUGAAUCAUUGCAGAGGUUUCUCAUGCAACAGAACUCUGCUUUGUCCAAAAAAUAUGCUGAAAAACGUAGGAAGAUUCCUUCAGAACGGAUCAUGUCUGUGAAUCUAAUAAAGCGUGAGCUUAUAGUUAUUUUAAGUCAUAGCACCUGUAUAACAAAUACAAUGGCAAAGACAAAAUCACUCUUUUAUACCACAUCUGUGACACGCUUAGAACUGUGGGGGGAGUCGGGUUUUUUGUUGUUUUUGUUUUUUAAAUGUUGUGAUAGAAUGCUAAUAUUCUAGUGAAAUGAUCAGGUUUUCUUCAUUUUCUCUUUAAUCUGAAUUUACCCAUCUCAAAGUGUCUAGUCUAUUCUCUUAUGAAUAUGUAAAUAAAAUGAAGAAAGGCUGAUUAUAUAAUUUGAAGCACUCAGCCCAGAUAAUGAUUUUAAAAUGCUCUAAACUCGAUGAAAUGAGAAUUGUUGCAGUUUUUUAUUUUGUAAAUUAUGAAAGUGAAUUGCUUUUUAGUUUUAGUUUAUCAAAUCAGUGAUAGAAAAAGAUAUUACCACAGGAUAGAGGGGGGUGGCAAGACUAGAUUGUGAAAGUGCUUGUGUCCAGGUUUUUUUAAAAAAAAAAAAAAAAAAAGGCAUGUGAACGUGCUAGAAAGAUAUUUUGAGGAAGAAAUGGAAAAGACUAAAAUGAAAGGAGGAGGCAUACACAUAGCAAAUACAAUAAAUACAGAGAAUAAGUAGAAAGAAUACACAAGGUGGGCAAAAGUAAGUAGAGGAACUAGAUUGCAUGUAUUAUUAAGUCUGUACCACUGCAGAAAUAGAUAACUACUAUUCUCAUGGGGCUAAGGGGGUAGAGGGAACGGUAUUUCAGAAAUGUACGUCCAUCAGUGCAGGGAAGAAUUGCAGUGUCACAGAAUGCAGAAAUCCAGGCCCCAAAUGAUUACGGUAAAAUAGCUGUAAUUCAUCAUAUCUGUGUUCUGUAUCAUCUAAAACGUUAUCCAGGACCAAUUACGAAUACAAAGGCAUAGAUAUUUUUUCCAGUGUAAUAUGGACCAUAAUCCAUAGGUUUUUUUUUUUUUGAAGUAGCAUGUCAGAUUUAACAUGACAAUUUGUGCAUACAAGUAGUGGAGAAGAAUGUUGGAGGUCUUUCUUUUAACCUUAAGAGAAACUAGAUCAUUCUUCGGAAAAACAGCAUGACCAUUCUGUUGCUAGUGCUUAUACCAUUCAAGACUGAGAACGUUGCUUCCCCCCCCCCGCCGCCUUUUUGUGAAGCAGCUGACUUACAGCCCUGAUGGGGAAAUUUUAAAGGCUCUUGAUCAAUAUCGGUCAGAUAUUAAGAACUUCUGAUAUGUCAAAAUACUUUAAAAAUAUUAAAAUACAUUACUUCCAUCGUUAGGGUUUGAAGGUCUCAUGCUUCCAGGGUUGCGAUGAAAAAGCAGAAUCUGCACUUAUGGGUAGGCAACAUUAAUUAGGAACAUGGUACCCGGUUCACAGUGCUCCAAUCUUUGAUUCUGGAUUUGCUUAUAAAUCUAUAAAUAUAGAUGUGAAAAUAAAUCUCAAGUCUAUUUUGCAAUAGUGCAUUUUAAGAACUGUCUCUGAGAUCUACGCUAUCAUACAGUUGAAAGGUUUUGCUAUACUUGCAGGCUCUGCAGUUACAUUAUGGGAAUCAACUUACAUUACAAUGAAAUUAAUUCUGUCGAGGGACUCAUUAAAUGAAUACAAAGUUAAUCACUUGCGAAGAGAUAAAAGCAAAGUUGCAGUAAGCUACUGUAAAGAUCAGAAUAUGGUUACAUGGGCACAAAGAGUAUAAAUGAAGGGAGUAUUAGUUUGGAAUAAAAAAAAAAAAGCUGUGAUGAUGGGCACAAUCAAUUAUUGUGUCAGAGCGGUAAUUCCAGGUGCUGCAUAGCCAGAACUAGUUUGGCUUAAAGGCAUAUCAGAAUUCAUGACCCUUCUUUGUGUAGGGCGAAAAUCUGUUUUGUCGAAAGCUUGCUUUAUUCUGUCAUUCUCGGUGAUUUGGGGAGCAGAAGAUAGGCAGCAGACAACUUCCAGCUCCACCUAACUUCCUUUGGAAGAGUUGAGGCACUGUCAGUUUCUAGAGUCUGUCAUCUGGAAAACUAAAAAUAGGGGUUCAGUGCCAGACCAUCCAACUCCUCCCAGGUAUUUUUGCUUUGUGUUUUCUCAUGUACCCCAAUAAAAGCAAAUCUUUAAAAUAAUCUCAUCUGGAAGAUAGCAAGACUAGAUGGUAUGGCUCUAGAGUAGCACUAGCUUACCCUAGAGAGGGUAUUUUCACAAGCAGAUUGGAGUAUCAUCUCCCUACCAUCCCACAAAUAAAAGUUAAUGCUGUUGCUUUUAUUUAAAUAUUUCAGAGGUAUAAGGGCUGCACAGUCUGAAGUAAUUAUGUAGUCUGCUAUUUCACACGGCGAUUUCCUGACAAAUCAGAAGAGAAAUUCCAGAGCUGAGACUAGGUAUUGAAAAAGGAGGACUUCAGCUUUCUGGCUUGUGCAGAUUUAGUUACAAUUUGUAUGGAAUCACAAAUGAAAAAUAGUUUCUAAUGGAAGAUCUGCUUGUAGCAGGCAGCAUCUAUUCUACUAUGAUACUGCAAGUUUAAAAGUUUGUCAAACUGAUUGUAAAUCUACCAUUUCCUUUACAGCUUACCCUGUUAUCAAUCUUGUGAGCAGUUUAAUAGACUUCAGCCAUCAGACUUUCAAGGCUUGUCUCAUAACAAUGACGGAUAGGUUGGGGACUAAUAUUGUGUGUCUUGAGAAAUUGUCGUCUUUCUCUGAGAACCUUGACAAAGAAAUUGAACUCUUUAAACCACUUAAAGGGGUGAUCAAAACUGUCCUGCUUGAACUGGAAGAUUUUUUUUUUGACAGUUCUCAGAACAGGUCCAUAAAGGAAAAUUUCAUUGCUAAGCUCCUGCCCAUGAUCAUGAAAAAUCUUGUCGUGACACAAGUUUCCUAUGCUGUAACAUUACCGAGUUACAGACAACUACAAGACUAGUCAAAUCACUGCCAUCAAAUUUUUCAGGGUGAACAUCCUGGGUAGAGGACACAGGUUUGUUGACAAAGUAGAGCAGAAAUUUGAGAGAACUGGAUAAGAUGUUACCUACCUAUGUCUGCUCCACUGUGAAUAAAAAAUGUGUUUAUACUUUGGUAGUAAUUAGCCAUUUUGGUGCUUAAAUUGAGCCGUCAACUUAAGUGAGCUACUAGAGCUUUAGAUAUUUUCAAGCUAGUAAUCUAAGGGGAAGCAAGCUCUCGCAGGAAGGGCAACAAGUCAAGUUUGUAUGUCAUUCAAAAAUGACAUUUGAGUAGAGGCCUCCAACUUCUUCGCAUUGUGAAACGUGUAAGGAAGGUGGGUACUGACAGGAAACACUGUCCUAUUCAAAAGAUUCUUGUCUAGUUGCUUCAACCGCCUAUACCUACAAGGUAUUUUACAGAAGUCUAAAACCCGAACAACUACAUAAGAGCCAGGUAUUCUUCCUUAGAAGACAGCUGUGUUUGGUUUUUUUUUUCAAAAUUAAAUAACGCUGAAUAGAGCU